AGCAAACUAAUGCGACAGGAUGUGCUGGUAAUCGUUCUUCAUCUUCUGGAUACAAGUCUUCUUCAGUUAAGAGUUUCAUGUAUUUGGAGGAAUCCAAAUUAGGGCAAAGCAACCAAUCUGGGAGUAGUACAGUUCCCUUCGUUAGCUCCGAAGAUUCAGGAGCACAUCAAGUUAAGCAAGGCAUCUCUGAACCGGAGUGCUCCUCAAUGGCCUUGCCCUGUUUCCCAGGUCCCAUUGAGCCCACCCCCAUUGAUGUUGAUGAUUCACAGAGCUCUCCGAAGUCUCCAGAUGUUGUUGUCACUGGUCAAAGAUAUGGAUACCCACACUGGACUCCAAAGUCUCCAGAUGUUUUUGUUACCAAAACUACAUUUUCAAGGCAAGUUGUGAAGCGCAGGCGAAAAAGGCUAAUCAAAUGUACAAUGAUGACCAGGUUUCAUGUUUAAAGAUAUUGGAGGUCAUAGGUUUCAAGCUUGGAUCUUCUUCUAAAGGAGAUGUUCCACGUCGGAAGAGACGUAUACUGGUACCUAAUUCGUAUUUUAGGGAUUUUGAGGUGAAUAAAUGCACUGCUAGGAUACACUUUUCUGUUAACGAGAAGUUAGCAUAUGAGUGUUUGAUGUUCUACUCUGUGUCUCCCCAGCACUCCAAGUGAGUAUAUGAUCAUGUUUAAUUAUUUUGUAAUUGAUGAAGUUUUGUUUUUUGUGCAUUACAUUGAUGUUGUUUCUAACUGUUUGUACUUUCACUUUUUUCCUAGAGAGGUUGUAAUUAAUUAUGGGAAAGUCUGUGUGACAUUUCAUGAGCUCGGGUCAUCGUUAAGUCGCACUGACAAGGUUCCUGUUCACAGUCAUGUGAUUAAUGCUCUGUGUCGUAAGCUUUUCAAAGAUAGACAUCCUAGUGUUUCACGCCGGCAUUACUUCUUCUCUACUGCUGGAGACUAUUUGAUCCGAAAUGAAGGAAAUUUAAACUACCACAAAAACAACUGUGAGAGGUGCUUCAGGUUUGCGAACCAGUGUUUCAGUUUCAUGUCCUCAGACCUGUUGUUUUUUCCUAUAUGUCAUGAGAACCAUUGGUUUGUUUUCAUCGUUGCAAUUCGAGAUGGUUAUUUUGUAUUCUUGGAUUCCUGCUUUGGGGAGAAUCAUUACUUUCAGGAGAAAGCAAGAUCAGUCAUUAUACCAAAUUUUGUCAAGGCUUGGGAUGAAUUCAUCGGUUAUAAUUAUGAGUUUGAAGAUUUUAUUAUUCACUAUGCGCCAGUGCCAAAACAAGAUAUAGAAUAUUGGUCGAAACAUGAUGAUGGUAUUUUUGUAAUGAAAUACCUUGAAUUGUGGGAUCCUUAUAUGAAUAUGAUGGUUCAAUUCCAGCCGUCCAGUAUUAAUGAUAUAAGAGUUAAGUAUGUUUCUGAAAUGAUCUUCAGCAAGCACGAUGAGAUGAAUUCUGCAAAGGAGCUAAUUUCAAACUUUGAAGCUAUGAAUAACAUCAGGAUGUCCGCCAACUUUCAGCCUGCAAGCUCCCUCAACUUUUAGUUCUGUGUAGGAUGUCGUGCAGUCAUGAUUACUGCUUCUGUAAAUACCAGUAGUGAAUGUUAUGGUAUUGUAGUAUGAUAUGGUGACAUGACAGCUUUGUGUACUAAGUUUAGUUUUACAUAUGGUGGCAUCAUCUCUAUAACUGAUAUUGUGGUU